AUGUCUGAUUUUCCUCCAAAUUUAUCAAUCAGACCCUUGACUGUUGAAGAUCUCGAUCAAUGUGUUGAAUUAGAAAAAAAGGGUUUCAGUGAGAAAGAAAGAUGCACGAAAGAAAAAUUAAGGUACCGGUUGACUGUAUGCCCGGAGUUGUGUUCUGGACUAUUCAUCAGAGAAUACGAAUACAAGUAUAAUGCAAUCAAUCUUCCUGAGGUUGCUGAAAAGCUUCUGAAAGAGAGAAAGGCCGAUAACGUGCCUGAAAACGAUGACAAUGAUGAUAUUGAAGAAUUGCCUAUUAAGUCAUCAGUGACGAAAGAAACUCUAAUUGGACAAAUAAUUGCAACUAAGAUAUCAUCAAUGAGCAUUACAGACUCGUCUAUGGAACUUCCAUCUAAGGAUAACCCCGAAGCUGGCCAUAUUGAACAUUCACGGAUAAUUGGAAUUCAUUCUUUGGUGAUUGAUCCUGAAUGGCAUGGAAAGAACUUGGGAACUCUAUUGAUGCACGACUACAUCCAAAAAUUGUCAAAUCAAGAUUUGGGAGAUAAAGUUGUCCUCAUUGCCCAUAAAGAAUUGAUCCCAUUUUAUGAAAAGAUAGGCUUUAAUAACUGUGGACAAAGUGAAUGCAAGUUCGCAAAUACAACGUGGUAUGACUUAUCCAUUGAUUUGGUUCCAGAUGAUGAUGAUUAA